AUGAGUGAUAUUGUUGGAUCAAUAGAAUUAGUUGGAGCAAAAUUACCAAAUACACCAACAGGAUCAAACAUUUUGAAAAGUCCACCACUUACAGAUUCAUUUUCAUUAUGUGAUUCACCAGAAUUUGUAACUCCAAAAGAAAAUUUUGAUGAAUACUUUUCAAAAUCAUCACCAAAUAAAUUAAAAGAUAGUUUCAGUUCACCAAUAUAUUAUGAUUUUUUCACACCAAAUGAAACAAAUACUGUCUCGAAUUUACAAAAUCUUUUGGAUCAAAGUAUCGAAGCUAAAAAUCCAUCGUAUGUUCCGAUUCCAAUAAUUUAUAAUACUCAAGAUGACUAUUCAAUUCCAAGAAGUUUUGAAGUAUCAAUUACUUCACAAAGUAAAAUUAUCAAAGAUGUUUCAACUUCAUUACCUAAGAAAGAUAGUAUUGACGAACUUAAAGAAAUAUUUGAUAAUGAAUCAUUUUCAACUCCAUCUACUUCAAUCUCAACAACUCCAAAACAAUGUUUAUCUCCUUUAAGAACCAAAGCCUCAGCACUUAAUUCAUAUAAAGGUAGUUUAGUAUCCCAUGAAUAUACUUAUUCAAAGCCACCAACAAAUAGUCAAUUAAGAUCACCAAUUAAAAUUUCAAGCUCAACUCAACAAUCACCAACAAAUGAAAAUAAAACUGAAACACCAACAAAAAUCACUAGAGUAGAAUUACCAUCAUCAGUAGGAUCAUCAAUUAAAUUACAAUCACCAGUUCAAAAUCCUCAAAGAACUAUUUCAAUUGAUAGAACUUUAUUCAAUAAUUUUAAAAUCGAAUUAUUUUUAAAAUUUUCAGAAUCAAUUCUCAAGGAUACAAAAGUAGUUGAAUCAGAUUUAAAUGGAACAUUAUAUUCUCAAAAUGCAGGAAAUUAUUAUGAUUUAAUUUCAAGUUUCAAUUUUGCUCAAGGUUCUAAAUUUUUAAAAAAACGUGAACAUAGAUGUCCAGUUAUUGAAUGUCCAAUCAAUCUUAUUGGUGUUAAGAAGAGAACUGAUUUAAGACACCAUAUUCAUCAUGAACAUCUUGAUCAUAAUAGGGUUUGUCAAGAUUUAGAAUCUCAAUAUGGUAAUGAACUUAGAAAUGAAUUAUUUGUUUGUGAAAAACCUAAUUGUGGUAAAGCAUUUUAUAGAUCUGAUUCAUUAACAAGACAUAGUAAAUUAAUUCAUCGUCCACCACAAUUAGUUCGUGCUACUAAAAGAAGUUCAAAUGUUGAUAAUGAUCCCGAUUAUGUUGAUGGAGGUAGUGGUGACAAAAAAGCUGCCAAAAGAAGAAAAAUUUGA